AUAUAAUAAAAACGUUUUUUGUGUUUUGAAAUCUAAAAACUUUACAUAUUCCAAGUCUAAAAAAAGCCAAUUCUGUUCUAAUAAUAUCGGCAACAAGUGUUACAUUUGCACCGGACAUUGCAGGUUAGGAUUCGGUGAUUUAAGAAGUUGUCUUUUAUAGUUAUAAUCAAUUUAUUAUUAACAAAAUGGGUGAUGUACCGCCAAUUUCUAACGAAGAAGCUCUUAAAUUGUGCAACCAAAGACCCGAAGAAACUAAGGAGUACAUAUUCCAACAAACCAUGUACCGCAUAAAGGACCCAAGGAAGACAUUGCCGUUUUAUUCCAACGUGUUAGGAAUGAAAUUGCUAUGCAAAUUGGACUUUCCAUCAAUGAAAUUUUCAUUAUAUUUCAUGGGCUAUGAGGACGAUCAAGAUUUGAAGGGCGAGGUCACUUCACAGGAAAGAGUUCAGUGGACAAUGGGAAGAAAGGCCACAGUUGAAUUAACUCAUAACUGGGGCACAGAAAGUGAUGACAGCAAAUAUCACACUGGAAAUCAGGAGCCGAAAGGAUUUGGUCAUAUUGGAAUAAUGGUCCCAGAUGUUGAAAAGGCCUGUGAACGAUUUGAACAGCUUGGAGUCAAUUUUGUAAAGAAGCCGAAUGAUGGAAAAAUGAAAGGCAUUGCUUUUAUCACUGAUCCUGAUGGAUAUUGGAUCGAGAUUUUCAACGAUAAACGAGUUGGCGAAAUAGCCACCACUUUUAAUUAAUAAAUAUAUUUUGAAAUUUGAAUAAAUUUUAUAUUUCGCGCCUUCAUUUCAGAGUAGUUCAAAAGUCACCACUUUGUUAUAACCUAUUUUUAUUUAUUGUUGUUUUUGUUCUACAUUCUUGAACUAUGGAUACAAUUUCUACAGAAAAUAUGUUAGUAAUAAGUAUUUGAUAAAUAAUAAAUCUGUAUAUAUUAAUAAAGUAUUUGAUAUA